CUGAUGAUGGAGCAAAAGUUCGUUCUUCACUUUGUGCUGCUGGUCUUGGGUAUCCAAACCACAACAUUGGCAGCACCCCCUUCAGAUGAUAACCUGCCACCUCGUCCGAAGGAAGGCGGCGUCACCACACGCUACUGCGAGUUCUACAAUGGCUCCACAACCAACUGCGACCCUGCCAAGGACGCCAAUUGCCCUCCCAAUCCGCUGCAGGAGGAAUGCGCGCCGGUUGAGGCCGACAAAAGCGUGCACUGCUUCGUGCUCUGGCUCUACGACAACAUCACCAACACAGCAUAUCCCAAAGUUAAAGGAUGCUUCGUGGACACCGUUUCGUGUAAAGAUCGUUCCGCUAACUGCAGGCUGCAUUAUGCGAAGCUACCACUCGUCCAUUGCUGCUGUGAAGGGGACUUGUGCAACCGUAACCUUACCUUCCCGAGUCUAGAUUCGGUUAUGGCCCAAACCGAAGUGCCGCCACAGAGGAUCCCGGCGUCUGCUGUACCAGACACGGACGACACUCAAGCAGUAAUAGCCUACACCCUGACACCGCUGUUUAUAUUAUUCGCUGUGUUGGUUGCUUGCUAUCUGUUGUACAGGAAACGCAAGGGCAGUUCUUUCGCUGAGCUCGCGAACGGUGAGGCUUCGCUAUCCAGACCGCCUUCAGCUGGCGCUGGUAUGGAGAAUGAAACGGGGACUCUGGUGGGGCAAGUGACACUUUGUGAAGUACGAGCGCGGGGCAGGUUCGGGGCAGUGUGGCGAGCGAAGCUGGGCCAGAGAGACGUCGCCGUGAAGGUGUUCCCCCAGGACAAACAGUCGUGGCUGGCCGAGCAAGAGGUAUUCCGGCUACCGCGCAUGGAUCACCCUGACAUAUUGCACUACAUUGGCGUCGAUAAGCAAGGCGAUAAUCUCCAGGCCGAGUACUGGCUCAUCACGGCUUAUCAUGAGAAGGGCUCCCUGUGCGACUACCUAAAAGCGCACACACUAACAUGGUCGGAGGCGUGGCGCGUGGCGGCGUGCGUGGCGCGCGGCCUGUCGCACCUGCACGAGGAGGGCGGCGGCAAGCCGGCCGUCGCGCACCGCGACUUCAAAUCCAAGAAUGUACUCCUCAAAGCGGAUUUGAGCGCUUGCAUCGCUGACUUCGGCCUCGCCCUGAUCUUCGUGCCGGAGGGAUGUGGAGAUGCGCACGGGCAAGUGGGGACGCGGCGGUACAGGGCGCUGGAGGUGCUGGACGGUGCCAUCAAUUUCACGAAGGAUGCUUUCUUGAGAAUCGAUAUGUAUGCCUGCGCUUUGGUGCUGUGGGAGAUAGCGUCUAGAUGCAGCGAAGGAGGCGCCGAAUCCACAUCGCAGUACCGGCUGCCGCUGGAAGAGGAGGUAGGCUCGCACCCUAGCCUCGAGGAGAUGCAGGAAGCUGUCGUACAGCGGAAACUCAGGCCGCACAUACAGCCGCAGUGGCGCAACCAUCCGGGUCUGGGGGUGCUGUGCGACACGAUGGAGGAGUGCUGGGACCACGACGCGGAGGCGCGGCUGUCGGCGUCGUGCGUGCUGGAGCGCGUGGCGGCGCAGCGGCCGGCGAGCGACUCGGCGCCGCUGCUCAUACACGAGCUGGCGCGGGCGCCGCGCACGCCCUGCUGACCCCGCACUGCGCACGCGCAACACCACGCGCACCGCACCGCGCACCGCACCGCGCACCACACCGCGCACCACACCGCGCACGACGUGCCGCUCAUCGAGCUG